AUGACGACAACCUGCCCCUGCCCACCCCAAAUCAAACACCUCUCCUCCACCCUCCCAACCAAAGGCCCCUUCGACUUCAGCUUCCUCCCCCCCAUCACUCAACCCCUCGCCGACCUCUGCAAAUUCAUCGAAGCAUGCACACACCCCUACCACAAAUACGACCAAGACCUGAGUACCCCGCUCGUCGAUCUCUCCGACGCGGUGCUCUCCCUCUGCCAUGCAGCCUGCACGGCCUACGAUCUCCUUGAUGAUGAGCUUGGUAUCGCCGCUGGUAAAGGUACCACUACCGCUACUCCUACUUCAACAGGAAAUGCAAACUCCCCGUUGACAUGCACCAAAUCCCCCAUGGCGCUGGGCAAACUCACCCUCCAGGCUGAGGAGGAGACCCUCCUCGCGCGACAGGUUGUCUACGCCGUGCUUACGCGCCUGAGUACUCUCCUGCGCGGUGUGUAUGCUCGUGGCAAGGACGCGGCGGGUGGUGGUCCGGCGAAUGGUGCUACUGCUACUGUUACUGCUACUGUCGUGGUGGACUUUGACUUGGGCAUGGCGUUGGGGACGAGGCAGGGCCUGUACGGUCGGGAGGGCGACGAACCUGUCAGUCAGUGCUUGUCUAGGGUGUUGGCGCUGUUGGGGAAAUUGUUUUCCGAGUGA